AUGGCUCCCGCCUAUAUUAAAGUCCCUCCCAAGGACACCGACAAUGUCGCACUCUCCGUCCCCAGAAGCCCAGGCGCCGGCGCCCAUUUCGCUACAACGACGCUUCGCGUGGAUGGCAUGACUUGCGGCGCAUGUACUUCUGCUGUUGAAGCUGGCUUCAAGGGUGUUGAUGGUGUUGGAAACGUCUCAGUCAGUUUGGUUAUGGAACGCGCAGUCAUCAUGCACGACCCCCAAGUAAUCUCCGCCGACGACAUUAAAGAAAUCAUUGAAGACCGAGGAUUCGACGCCGAGGUGCUCACCACCGACCUUCCCAGCCCUGUGGGCAAGCGUUUCAACGAGACUCUUUACGACGACGAAAAUGAUUUUGUUACGACCACUGUUGCCAUCGAGGGCAUGACAUGUGGCGCCUGCACAUCGGCUGUUGAGGGCGGAUUCAAGGACGUUCCCGGCAUCAAGACCUUCAGUAUUUCCUUGCUCUCCGAAAGAGCCGUUAUUGAGCACGACCCCGAUCUCCUCACAGCUGAGCAGAUUGCUGAAAUCAUCGAGGACCGUGGUUUUGAUGCUACAAUUGUUGAUUCUGGCAAGGUGGCAGCCGACAAGUCUGGGAAAGACGCUGGAAGCGUUGGGAACGUCGCUGUAACGACCGUUGCUAUCGAGGGAAUGACAUGUGGUGCUUGUACCUCAGCCGUCGAGGGUGGGUUCAAGGACGUAGAUGGCGUCCUGAAAUUCAACAUCAGCCUACUGGCGGAAAGAGCCGUUAUUACACACGACGUCACCAAGCUCUCCCCCGAACAAAUAGCGGAAAUAAUCGACGACCGUGGAUUCGAUGCCGAAGUCCUUUCUACUCAGGCCGCAACUGUUCACCAAAGCGCAUCAUCGUCUACAGCACAAUUCAAAGUCUAUGGCGUGCCCGAUGCGUCCGCAGCAGAGAAUUUGGAGGCUGCGUUGGCUGCCAUACAUGGCGUCGAUUCAGUUUCUUUAAGCCUUGCUUCAUCGCGCCUUACCGUCACUCAUCAGUCCAAUGUCAUCGGUCUGCGUGCCAUUGUUGAGGCCGUCGAGGCCCAGGGAUACAAUGCGCUCGUCGCUGACAGCCAGGACAACAAUGCUCAGCUCGAAUCACUUGCGAAGACAAGAGAGAUUGGUGAGUGGCGAACAGCCUUCCGAACUUCGUUGGCUUUCGCCAUCCCCGUUUUUAUUCUCGGCAUGAUUUUGCCCAUGUGCGCACCGUCUCUCGAUUUCGGAAAGCUUGAGUUGAUUCCUGGACUGUUUCUUGGUGAUGUUAUCUGUUUGGUCCUCACGAUACCCGUUCAAUUUGGCAUUGGAAAGCGAUUUUACAUUUCAGCAUGGAAGUCACUGAAGCACCGUUCCCCGACCAUGGAUGUUCUUGUUACUCUUGGCACAUCUUGCGCCUUCUUUUUCAGCGUUCUGACAAUGCUGGUCUCAUUAAUAAUGCCCCCUCACAGUAGGCCCAGCACCAUCUUCGAUACUAGUACUAUGCUUCUCACCUUUGUCACCCUGGGUCGCUACCUCGAAAGCAAUGCCAAGGGUCAGACCUCCAAGGCCCUUUCGCGUCUGAUGUCUCUUGCACCUUCUAUGGCUACCAUCUAUGUUGACCCAAUUGCUGCCGAGAAGGCCGCCGAAGCAUGGGACAAGGAUCCCAGUACCCCAAAGACCCCUAGACUUGGGGGCUCAGCGCAAGAGGAGAAAUCUAUCCCUACCGAGCUUCUUCAGCUAGGCGACAUUGUCAUUCUUCGACCUGGUGAUAAGCUCCCCUCCGACGGUGUUCUGGUUCGAGGAGAGACCUUUGUCGAUGAGAGUAUGGUUACUGGUGAGGCGAUGCCUGUCCAGAAGCGAGUCGGCGACAAUGUCAUUGGCGGAACAGUCAAUGGCGAUGGUCGGGUAGACUUUCGAGUCACUCGGGCUGGUCGCGAUACUCAGCUUAGUCAAAUUGUCAAGCUUGUUCAGGAUGCGCAGACCACACGCGCGCCUAUUCAGCGACUUGCUGACACUCUCGCUGGUUACUUUGUCCCCAUGAUUCUUAUUCUCGGCCUCUCCACAUUUCUUUGCUGGAUGGUGCUCAGCCACGUACUUCCGAACCCACCCAAGAUCUUCCUCCAAGAUUCAAGUGGCGGCAAGAUCAUGGUUUGUGUCAAGCUUUGCAUCUCUGUCAUUGUUUUUGCCUGCCCUUGCGCUCUGGGUCUUGCCACACCCACCGCUGUUAUGGUCGGUACCGGUAUUGGCGCUGAAAAUGGCAUUCUGAUCAAGGGUGGUGCUGCUCUCGAAAGAACCACAAAGGUGACACAGAUUGUCCUCGACAAGACCGGUACUAUCACCCAUGGCAAGAUGAGUGUUGUUCAGUCAGUGCUGGAGGCUGAAUGGUCUGGCAAUGAGAUGCGUCGUCGAAUGUGGUGGACCAUUGUUGGUCUUUCCGAAAUGGGCAGUGAGCACCCUGUAGGCAAGGCUAUCCUCGCUGGAGCCCGACAAGAGCUUGAUGUCGAGGUCGAGGGUGUCGUCGAAGGAAGUGUUGGCGAGUUCAAGGUCACCGUUGGUAAGGGUAUCAACGCUCUCGUCGAGCCUGCCUCAGCCGUUGACCGUAGCCGCUAUCGUGCGCUUAUCGGCAACGUUGCCUUCCUGCAGAACAACGGUAUUGAUGUCCCCGAGGAUGCCAUCGAGGCAUCUGAACGUGUUGACUCUGAUGCAAACAAGACUGGUAAAGGACCUGCAACUGGUACCUCUCACAUCUUUGUUGCGAUCGAUGGCAAAUAUAGUGGCCAUAUCGCUUUGGCCGACUCCAUCAAGGAGGGUGCAGCUGCUGCCAUUUCUGUUAUCCACAAGAUGGGUGUCAAGACCGCCAUUGUCACAGGUGAUCAGCGCUCCACUGCCCUCAGCGUCGCUGCCGCCGUCGGAAUUCCGCCCGAAAAUGUGUACGCUGGCGUGAGUCCCGACCAAAAGCAGGAAAUCAUCAAGCAGAUCCAAUCACAAGGCGAGGUCGUUGCUAUGGUUGGUGACGGUAUCAAUGACUCUCCUGCGCUUGCAACUGCAGAUGUCGGUAUCGCCAUGGCCAGCGGCACAGACGUUGCUAUGGAAGCUGCCGAUAUGGUUCUCAUGCGCCCAACAGAUCUGAUGGACAUCCCAUCAGCGCUCGACCUUACCCGUUGUAUCUUCCGCCGCAUCAAGCUGAACCUGGCUUGGGCGUGCAUGUACAACGUUGUUGGUCUACCUAUCGCCAUGGGCUUCUUCCUCCCCAUUGGUUUCCAUAUGCAUCCCAUGAUGGCUGGUUUCGCCAUGGCAUGCAGUAGUGUCAGUGUCGUUGUGAGCAGUCUUCUGCUCAAGUUGUGGAAGCGACCUCGCUGGAUGGAUGAGGCCGCUGCAGAGCAACGCGGUGGUCUUCAAUGGAAGAGCGGUAGAGGCAUCAUGGGCUGGAUGCGAGAGAUGUUUGGCAAGAGGCGGGUGAAGAAGGAUGAGGGAUACGUGCCCUUACAAAACCUGGAUUUAUAA